UUCUUGCGCAGAAACCCCGUAGUGCCGCCCUGAACAGCAGCGCCAUUCGGUAACUGCAACAGUAUCCAAAAUGGCUGGAGCUGAUGGAGACGACUCUCUUUACCCGAUCGCCGUCCUUAUUGAUGAGCUUCGAAAUGAAGACGUCCAGUUGCGACUGAACAGCAUCAAGAAGCUGUCUACUAUUGCUCUAGCUCUUGGCGUAGAAAGGACUCGCACUGAACUCCUUCCCUUCCUUACAGACACCAUCUAUGAUGAAGAUGAGGUGCUUUUGGCGUUGGCAGAGCAGCUUGGCAAUUUCACUAUGCUUGUGGGAGGACCGGAGUAUGUCCACUGUCUCCUGCCCCCUCUGGAAAGCCUCGCUACAGUUGAAGAGACCGUAGUCAGAGACAAAGCUGUGGAAUCCCUGCGGAAGAUCUCACAGGAGCACUCUCCAGUUGACCUGGAAGUUCACUUUGAGCCUUUGGUGAAACGGCUGGCCAGUGGUGACUGGUUCACCUCUCGCACGUCAGCUUGCGGCCUCUUUAGCGUGUGUUAUCCUCGUGUCUCCAGCACGGUCAAGGCUGAGAUUCGUCAGCAUUUUCGCACUUUGUGCUCCGAUGACACACCGAUGGUGCGUCGCGCUGCAGCAUCUAAACUCGGGGAGUUUGCCAAAGUUCUGGAGCUGGAAUAUGUAAAAACUGACAUUAUUCCUCUUUUCACUGCUCUGGCGUCUGAUGAGCAGGACUCUGUUCGGCUGCUUGCAGUGGAGGCGUGUGUCAGCAUCGCCACUCUCCUGCCUCAGGAGGACCUAGAGACUCUGGUGAUGCCAACAUUGCGUCAAGCCGCCGAAGACAAAUCCUGGCGGGUACGCUACAUGGUGGCAGAUAAGUUCUCUGAGCUGCAAAAAGCUGUAGGCCCAGAGAUCACGAAGAACGACCUGGUCCCAGCUUUCCAGAAUCUCCUGAAGGACUGUGAAGCCGAGGUCCGCGCUGCCGCUGCCAACAAAGUUAAAGAGUUCUGUGAGAAUCUUCCAGAAGAUAAUCGUGAGCAGAUCAUCAUGAGUCACAUUCUGCCCUGUGUCAAGGAACUGGUUUCAGACACCAACCAGCACGUGAAAUCAGCUCUGGCCUCUGUCAUUAUGGGUCUUUCCACCAUUCUGGGCAAGGACAACACAAUAGAGCACUUACUGCCUCUCUUCCUGACUCAGCUGAAAGACGAGUGCCCUGAGGUUCGUCUCAACAUCAUCUCCAACCUGGACUGUGUGAACGAGGUGAUUGGCAUACGCCAACUGUCCCAGUCGCUGUUGCCGGCCAUUGUAGAGCUCGCCGAGGACGCAAAGUGGAGGGUCCGCCUGGCCAUCAUCGAGUACAUGCCUUUGUUGGCAGGACAGCUGGGGGUGGAGUUCUUUGAUGAGAAGCUCAACACUCUUUGUAUGGCCUGGCUCAUUGAUCACGUGUACGCCAUCCGUGAAGCAGCCACCAGUAACCUCACCAAGCUUGUUGAGAAGUUUGGAGCCGAGUGGGCCCAGAACACCAUCGUCCCCAAAGUCCUGGGAAUGGCCAACGACCCCAAUUACCUCCACAGGAUGACCACGCUGUUCUGCAUCAACGCUUUGUCUGAGGCUUGUGGUCAGGAGAUUACCACCAAGCAGAUGCUCCCAGUGGUCCUCAAGAUGUCCAAUGACCAGGUGGCCAACGUCCGUUUCAACGUAGCAAAGUCUCUUCAGAAGAUCGGACCGGUCCUGGACAGCAAUGCCCUUCAAACAGAAGUGAAGCCGGUGCUGGAGAAACUGGCCUCUGACUCAGACAUGGAUGUUAAGUACUUUGCCCAGGAGGCUAUUAGUGUUUUGGCACUAGCAUAACCAACCCCAUCACGGCUGAUCCAGAAAACCCCCCAAAACAAAAAUACACCCAGAUUUAGAAGAUAAUUUAUUGAUGUUCAGAACCAACUGAUUGAUGUAUAGGAAAGCUGUUAACAAUUGUUUUAGCCCCCCCCCCA